CUCUUGGUUUCCUGCUUCUUGGAAAAUUUUAUCGAGAUGCUUAUCUGUUCUUAUUGCAAGAAUUGUAAUUUCGGAUUCUGCAAGAUAUCUUUCGAAAACUCUUCUCAUUGUAUCGAAUGCAUUCGAUUAAACUAUUCUAAGUGUAAUAUUAUAAGCUCUUCUUUCGAGAAGCUUUGCAAUAUUAUUAUUUAA